UCAGGAUACUCCAGCUGUCUAAAUGAAUAGGUUCUGGAUACUGUAAAUUCGUGGGUAGCUUAUACCGAAUACCCAAUAUCAUUUACUUGGGUUCGUAAAUGACAAGUAAAAUUAAAAAUUUUAAAUAUAACUGAAAAAAUGUAUUCUUUUAUUAGAUGGUUCAUAAUAUUAUUUGCAUCCAGUACUUGUGCAGAAAUUUUUUUUGAAGAAACUUUUCCUGAUGAUUCUUGGGAAAACAAUUGGAUAUACUCAGAAAAUCCUGGACAGGAACAUGGCAAAUUCAUACUGAGUCAUGGCAAGUUUUUUAAUGACGCAGAAAAAGAUAAAGGUUUACAGACAUCGCAAGAUGCAAAGUUCUAUGCUUUGAGUCGAAAAUUUAAACCUUUCAGCAAUGACAAAAAACCUUUGAUACUGCAAUUUUCUGUAAAACACGAACAGAAUAUUGACUGCGGUGGCGGGUACAUAAAGUUAUUUGAUUGUUCUUUAAAUCAAAAGGAUAUGCAUGGAGAAAGUCCAUAUUUGAUUAUGUUUGGUCCUGAUAUUUGUGGCCCUGGAACAAAAAAAGUGCAUGUAAUUUUCAAUUAUAAUGGAAAAAAUCAUUUGAUUAAUAAGGAUAUACGUUGUAAAGAUGAUAUGUUUACGCAUUUAUAUACUCUUAUUCUUAAACCUGACAAUACAUAUGAGGUUUUGAUUGACAAUGAAAAAGUAGAAUCAGGUGAAUUAGAAACUGACUGGGAUUUUCUCCCACCAAAAAAAAUAAAAGACCCAUCUCAAUCUAAACCUGAAGAUUGGGAUGAUAAGCCAACAAUAUCAGAUACAAAUGAUAAGAAGCCUGAAGAUUGGGAUAAACCAGAACACAUACCCGAUCCUGAAGCAGCAAAACCAGACGAUUGGGACGAUGAAAUGGAUGGAGAAUGGGAAGCUCCUAUGAUCGAUAAUCCAGAAUAUAAGGGAGAAUGGAAACCAAAGCAAAUAGAUAAUCCUAACUAUAAAGGUCCAUGGGUACAUCCCGAAAUAGAUAAUCCCGAAUAUAAACCUGAUCCAGAGCUAUACAGAAAAAAAGAACUUUGUGCUGUUGGAUUUGAUUUGUGGCAAGUGAAAUCUGGUACAAUUUUUGAUAACAUUCUUAUAACUGAUGAUAUAGAUUAUGCUAAACGAGUUGGAGAUGAAAUCUGGAAACUAAGAAUUGAAGGAGAAAAGAAAAUGAAAGAAAUUCAAGAAGAGAAGGAAAAAAAAGAUAUAAAUAAGAAUUCCGAAGCUAGUGUGGGAGAAAAAGAAAAUGAUGAUGAGGAUGAGGAUGACGAAGAUGAAACACAAGAAAAUGCGAUACCGGAAAUUGAG